GCUAUAUCCCACCCUUCAUUACAUUAAUCACAUACUACAUACUACAGAGGGGAAGGGAUUGUUAGUAAUGCGUACUAUCAGUCCCCUGUCAGGUCGACCUUCACGUGGUCCCCCUGGAAACCAUCGUGCUGAAUUCCAGGUGUAUUCAUCCCGAUGACCUGACUGCUUUCAUCCUCAUUUAUAAUUCCUCACUGGUGCCCCGUCAGCGUAUACCGAUAGCGUAGACGGGCUUACCAUUUGAUUAUCAUUCAUUAAAAAAAAAAAAAUUCUACAUAACAAUUAUAAUUUUAUUUUCAGUUAUAUAAGAUUUUAUCAUAAUUAUACCUUAAAAACAGUUUUUUUGCGGGUAGAUGUGUAAGAAGUAACAGCUAAAAUUUUUGUCUCCAAAUAUAAGUGUUAUUUUAAAUUAUAUAUAUUGUAUAAGUGGUUAUAUAUUUAUGUGUAUAUUAAUAGUCUAGCUAAUAUCUACCUGCAGUGAUAUUAUUUCCUUUCUUUCACUCCUAUAAUCUAAUAAUGGACGCACUACAACAAUCAAUGAACACAAUGAUGGAGCUUCUUAACGCAAAGAUGGUAACAUUCCAAGAGGAUCUCCAAAGGAUAAGUACUACACCAGCCACAAUCUCCUCAUUGGCGGCAGACUUCACCGCCUUUCGGUCAUUUGCAGCUGAGGUGAUGAACAACCUACAACAUCAGGUACAAAUACUUGCACGUCAAAUGGAACAACUUGAAAUGCGCAGUCGACGCAAAAUCUUGCUGUUCCAUGGGGUUCAAGAGCGUGGGGGCGAUGACUCUGCUUCGGAAGUAGUCAGAAUUGUAACUGAGCACUUUAAACUUCCUGACUUCUCUGCAAAUGACAUCAGUAGAAGUCAUCGUCUGGGACGAUCAAGCGCUGACAAACCAAAGCCUAUUUUAGUAAAAUUCCGAAAUGCAGCUACUCGUAAUAAAAUAUGGUUUGCUAAGACAGCAUUGAAGGAUAGCGGCGUCACUAUGUCAGAAUUCCUGACCAAGUCUAGACAUGAUGCAUUCAUGGCUGCUCGUCAACAGUUCGGAGUGAAGAGAUGUUGGACUCGGGACGGCUAUGUGAUUGUAAUUACAUCAGAUGGUUUAAAACACCGAGUCAGUACUGUCGACGAAGUUCAAAAACUCAUCCAGGUUUCUGCUGCAGUACCAGUAGAUUCAGGUACCACAAAGGCUUUAGGAAAGACAGACCCCGCCAAGGUCACUGCUGCUGCUUCGUCUCGCCUAAAACGGGACAAGAAGAAAUGACGGGAUAGUGUACCUAAAAUAAUCUUAUUGUUAUUGUUGCUAAACAUGACUUAAAUGUACUAUCAUGAUUAUUUUAUUACAUGAUUAUUUUAAGCCUUCGACCUGGUGUCUUAUGAGAUCCUGUGGAACAAACUUCAAAAGCUGAAUAUUCCUACUGAACUGAUUGGUAUUUUUAAGUAUUGGUAUGAUAAUCAAAUUAACGUUGUUAAAUGGGCGGAUAAAAUAUCUGAAGAGUAUGGAUUGGAGUGUGGGGUGAGACAGGGCGGUAUAUCCUCGCCUACACUUUUUAAUAUAUAUAUGAAUAGCCUGAUCGCUGAGCUCAGCAGUAUGCAUGCGGGCUGUUACAUAGACGGGAUUGCUGUGAAUAACUUGAGUUACGCUGACGACAUGGUGCUGCUGAGUCCAUCAAUCAGAGCUAUACGUAAAUUGCUAAGCGUGUGUGAAAAGUAUGCUGAAAAACAUGGUCUGAAAUAUAAUACACAAAAAAGUGAAUUUAUGUAUUUCGGUCUAGGUAGUAAGAAUCCACAAAUCCCGCCAAUUCUUCUAAACGGUGUUCCUCUCAAUAGAGUGACUCAGUUUAAAUAUCUAGGACAUAUUAUUACCGAUGACUUGAAAGAUAACGCUGACAUUGAACGUGAACGCAGGGCGCUGGCUGUAAGGGGUAAUAUGUUGGCUCGCAGGUUUGCUCGUUGCUCGACUGAAGUCAAAAUAAUAUUGUUCAAGGCAUAUUGCCAAUCU